AUUCAGCGCCAGACAGACGAAAAAAAGAUGGCUAGUGUAAGUGAUGAAGACAUCGCUGUUGCGGAAGAAACAGGCCGCAGAUCAACUCGUUCCAAACGGGGCAAAACUCCUCAACCGGCUGCUCCGACGCCGACGCGAUCGUCACGGCGGAACAGAAAACAGCCGGAACCGGAAGAAGUGCCGGAGGAGAAACUUGCCGCUGAAGAGGCUGCAGUGGACUCGGACGAACCGGACACCAAACAGGUCAUGGAACAGCUGCAGGAUCUGAUUGUCCCGGUGCUGGAAGGGCAGAACAAGACAGCCGAUGAAAACAGUUCUACGAAUCUGUUCGAAGAGUUUCAGGUGGACACGAAAUCGUCAUCGGAUAAAGAAGACCCCGGUGGAGCUCCGGAAGAAUGUGUCUUCAUAGCCAACUUGGCAGCCGAGGAAAAUGCCAACAGCCUACCUUCGGUAGUUGACGAGAAUUCAGCCUCCCGACCGGCUGCUGCCUCGUCCGUUGAAGAGACACUGGAAGACGUUCCGGUCGCACCGGAACCUCCUUCGCUAGACUUGAACGGUGACAACGACGCCGAUGAAGUGACCGGCAGCAGCGACCAUGCUCUGGCCGAAAACGUCGCCAAUGGUCUCUGCGAGGAAGACGAUUCCAAAAACACCGAUCUAGACGCGGAAAUGGUUUCAGAGGACGAACUUCCGCAACCAGUGCAGCCUCAGGUUCACGACGCCGAAGAAGUAUCGGACGAUGAGCUGCCAGGGCCCAAUCGAGCCGAAUUACCACCAGAUGCGGAAGUGGUUUCCGAAGACGAGCUACCGAAACCAGAAGUUGAGCUCCCAACUGGCACGGAUAAUGUUUCGGAUGAAGAACUGCCAGCCCCGGAAAAGGCAGAGCUCCCAGAGGACGCCGACAACGUCUCCGAUGAAGAGCUACCAGCACCCAAGAAGGCGGAAAUUCCUGCAGACGCCGACAUUGUUUCGGACGAAGAACUCCCUGCACCGAAGAAAGCAGAAAUCCCAGCCGAUGCCGACAACGUGUCCGAUGAGGAACUACCUGCCCCGAAGAAGGCAGAAAUCCCGGAAGACGCCGACAAUGUUUCGGACGAAGAUCUCCCCCCACCCAAGCAAGCCGAACUCCCCGAAGACACGGAGAACGUCUCGGAUUCGGAGCUACCGGUUGCGAAAAAGGCAGACCUUCCGGCCGAUACGGACAACGUGUCGGACGAGGAGCUGCCCGAUUCGGCCAAAAAGCGCAAACGCAAGGCGUCCGAGCUGGAGGACGGGGAGGGUUCCAACAAGAAGAAGGACCCCGAAGGCGGCAAGGGGGAGAAGCCGUCCAAGGCGGACGCCAAGGAGAAGAAGGAAUCAUCGGCCAAGCGCAAGCUGGAGAAGGACGACGACAAGGCGGAGAAAUCCGGAGAGGCUCCGGAGAAGAAGACCAAAGUGGAUGCCCCCGUUGAGCCCGAAAAGAAGAAACUGCCUGACUUGGACAAGUAUUGGAAGGCAGUAAACGAUGAUUCCACCGAUUUCACUGCCUGGACUUACCUUCUUCAAUACGUUGAUCAAGAA